CAAAGCGAAAAAGUUAAAAAUAAAUGUUUAUUGUGCACAGUUAAAAUACUAAAUUUAUAUACAUAUAUAUAUACAUGGAAAGUUGAAAGAAAAGCGGAAAAUGCAAUAACCCAAGUGAAUUCGCUAUAUUAAUAAUGUGCACUCGUGUUUAUGGAUUUCUAUUAUUACUACUAUUUUUUUGGCGUGCAAAUUAUUUAAUUUUUAAAUUAUUAAACCUCCAACUCCGCCUACGCAUGUGUACAUAAAUCUCAAAAACCUAGUGCUUAAGCGAUAAAGUUUUGAAAACUGGGCCACACCAACCCAACGUGUAGGCUUUAAAAAUAUUCACACACAUACAACAACACACAUACAUAAAUCCGCUUUGAAGGCAAUUGAAGUAGAUCUACGCACCACAAUCUCUUAAUAUCCGUGAAGAAAAAAUUAAGGUGGAAAUUGUCGUCAGUAAGUUAAAGGUGAGCAGGACCCAUCGACGCGUAGGAAGGACGAGAGCGAGCCGGCAACGCACACGUCGCUGCUGCCGAAUAAUGAGUCGUCAUGAAGGUGUAAGCUGCGAUUCAUGUCUCAAAAGUAACUUUAAUGGACGCCGCUACAAGUGUUUAAUCUGCUAUGAUUAUGACCUGUGUGCCGAUUGCUAUGAGGAAGGCGUCACCUCCACUCGCCAUCUGGUUGAACACCCAAUGCAAUGCAUCCUCACACGCUCCGAUAUUGAGUUGUAUUUUGGCGGAGAGAUGCUAACAUCCGAUCAGCCGCAGUCCUUCACGUGUCCUUAUUGCAAGAAAAUGGGCUUCAGCGACGCAACACUUCUGGAGCACGUCUCCUCGGAGCACACAGAGACAAGUCUCGAGGUUGUGUGUCCUGUUUGCGCGGGAUUGCCCGGCGGUGAGCCGAAUCUAGUCACAGACGAUUUUGCUGGUCAUCUAACAUUGGAGCAUCGGCAAGGACCACGCGAGCUAAUAUCGUUUUUGGACGAACCGUCAGCUAUUCGCCAUGGUGGAGGUGUGCGUCGCAUGCCAGGACGCACCUUGGGAGGGCCACGCACGCGUCGCUCCAACAUGCACUUCAGCUCUUCGACCGGCCUCUCGGCACUAUCGCCUUCGGGUCGCGAAUCUGUCGAUCCAAUUGCGGAACUGCUCUCACAGCUGUCCGGCGUCAGACGUGGCGGACCCCCAACAUCGCAAUUGCAACAAUUGCAGAUGCAAAUGCAGUUGGAUAGACAUCAAGUUACGGCAUCGCGCCAAAUCGAUCGCUUGCCAAGACGCGCGCAUCCCAUAGUCUCAACAUCGAAUUCAAACGCUACAAUGGCGGAGGUGAUUAGCGGUAGCAGCGGAGGAGGCAGCGGGGGAGCAGUUGGUGUACUGAUGAGUGGCAGCGGUGCGGUCGGAGGUGGAGCCGGGGGCAGUCUAAGUGCCAGCAGUGUGAAUGCGCCCGCCAAUCUGCGCACAACCGAAUGGCCGGUGACAGCGAGCUUCUCAACAUCGACCAACAAUCAUCAGCAGACGCAGUCGAGCAGCCUGGCCGCCAACACACUCAAUGCCAGAGAAUCUGGCGGCAACAGCUGCAGCAACAAUGGCAACAAUCCGCUUGGUAUAAGCGUUGGAUGCGGUGGUAACGGUGGCAACAGCGGCACAACCGGUCAGCCCGGUGGUGGUGGGGGAGGUGCUGGAGAGGCACAGUCGCAGUACUUGCUGGCCAAAUUCAUGCAGCCCACUCUAAGCGAUGCCGAGUGGGCGGAGGUGGAGCGAAAGCGUUCAGAUCGUUCGAUGUUUGUGCAGGCGUUGCUGUUGUCGCUGCUCUGCACGGAAUCGUUGGAUCUAAAUGCAGCGGAUAGCAGUGAUGAGGCAUCGUCUUCGUCAUCGGCGUCGGCGUCAUCGUCUCGGGAACAGCAGACCAAGAGUGAUAAUGUAAAUAAGGAGCAGGCGAACAGCCAGCAACAACAGCAGCAGCAGGAACAGGAAUCCAUGAUAAACAAUAAUGCGAGUGUGGCUGCACAGCAGCAACAACAACAACAGCAGCAGCAGCAGCAACAAACGUUGCGCCGCCAGCAAGUGAAUCAGAUGCAGCAGACCUCGCCGGAGGAUUUCGUUUGCGAUGAGUACAAGCAGCAACAGCAGCAGCAGAAAAAGAAGAGCGCUACAGGGGGUGGGGGAGGAGGAGGCGGGGCGACAACCACCGGGGGUGGCGCGUGCGCUGGCGUGAAGCCAACAGCUGAUAGAGGCAUUGAAAGACGUGCUCGUCCGCCUCCACCAGCAGCAGCGAGCAGCGCCAUGAGCGUUAGCGUUGGGGGCGGAGCAGGGGGAGUGACAGCUGCCACGGGCUCACAGCAGCAACAACAACAACAAUCGGCCCAGCAAAAAUACAAACAAAAUGCGAGUGCAGCGAACACAAAUCAAAUUCCGGACACUAGGUAGUGCUAUGAAAGCCCAAAACGCAACACAGUUGCCAUUGGCGCCAAGGCUUGAGGCGGAAACCCAAUUGAUGGACUCAUCAUCACGUCAGGAACCAUAACCACAACCACAAACAUAACCGACAACACCAUACACAACAACAAGAACACUACCACAAUAAAUAGAAGAAGAACAACAACAAUUUUAAGAAUAACAGCAACAACAACAAUAGAAUUAGAGGAGCAGUGCUGAACAGGAUGCCGAUAACGUUUAGAAUGAGGUUGGAUGACUAGUGAGCCGUUGGCGACAGUGUCCACACACACAUAUACAUACACAUCCGCAAACACACACACAUAUACACCGGAUACGUUGCCAACGUAGCGCAGCAACAGCAAUUUUGUCAAAAAAAAAAUCUAAAAAAAAUAAAAUUAAAAACUAUAUUAUAUAUAUCGUUUAUUAAA